AAGGAUGAAGGGUCGACCCUGAGGGGCCGGCAAGGCCAGAGUGCGGGGCGAGAGGGUUAGGGGAGAAAAGGUCGUCAGCCCCGUGAGAAAGGGGUGGAGGCCUGCGAGCAGGUUAAAAGCUCGGUCACAAUAGGUUGCCUGCAAAGCUCAGGUUCCAGGGGGUCGGAGGCGGAGGAGGGUGGUGGAGGCGCGGUGGGCGGUGGUGGAGGAGGUGGCACGAGCAUGUGCUGCGUCCUUCAGGGUGCCGAGAGAGUGUUCCCCUCGAAUGGGGGGAAGCACGGGUCUGGGGCGGGGAGCAACAGGGGGGGCAUGGGGACCUCGGUCGGCACCCAAGAUCUGCCCCUCGAGUCACUCUGGGCGGCCGGCCUCGACGAGGGUAUGGGCUUCCCCCAAAGAUGUUCCUACGCCAAUCAUCACACCACGCUCGCCAAUACUGCCACGGGCCACACGACCACCAACCCCGAAGAGCUCUGGAAGGAGAGGAACCUCUCUUACAGAACUCCAACCACUUCGACCGGAAUCGACUCGUCCAUCACCGACGAGAUAUGGACGUCCGCGAACGAGGCAAAGUUCUUCCGCACCUCGACCACGUCGACGGGUAUCGGAUCGUCGCUCAACCUCAACCACGAGAACAAUCGGUCGUUGGAGUCGAGGGACACCGACUUCUACUCGACGGACAUCGAGGACUCGAAGGACACCUAUCGAAGAUUCUUUCCCAACACCCCGACCACGUCCGGUUUAGGCUCCUCCUCGGACAGACAGUCGGUGGAAACUCGGCCGGGGUCCAAGGAUCUGCCCGACCACCUGUGGGCGGCGGCCAUGGAGGACGGUUUCUCGAGGUUCAACGCGAUGAAAUCACUGCAGACGAUCACCCGGCAACCGCGGCCUAAUCACGACUGGGUGAAGACCGAGAGGAUCUCGAGGUUCACCAAGCAUCGGACCAUCGGUCAAUCAUCGCCUCAAAGGGAGGAGGAGAUAUGGACGUCCAAGUUGAACGAGAGCAACGUGUCCACGUACGCGACCCAGAGGAUGAUGAACGGGCCGCACAAGUGUCACCAUCAGACGAGACGAAGCUUCUCCACGUCGAUCGUGGCCGAUCUUGCCGUGACGCCGGACGGGUCGCAGCAGAGCCUCGGCAGCGGCGAGUUUCUGGUGAGUUUCUCUCGCUCCUCUCUCGAUGUUGUCUCUCGAUGUUGUGCCGCUAGAAUGCCUACAGAAACUACGACUAUUCCGUUUAUAAUUUCGUACGCGCGUCGCCCCAUCCAAUGUUUAUUUUCGUACGAGGCGAAACGUUCCGUUUCUAUUUACGUUCGCAUCUGUCGUGUUACGCGUAUGUUAUUGUACGCGUUAGAAGAGGAAGAAUCGAUAACGGAUAGCUCGAUAACCAGAUUAGACUAA